GAUCGACGCCAGUUAAUGCUAGAACUGAUGACAAACAAAGAAUAGAUAUAAGAUGGAGUUUAAAAUGAAUACAGAUUAUUCUCUGUUGAACUCAAACAACUUUGAUCUGUUUUUGGCACCUCGUGUAGGAAAGUUAACAGAGAUUUUCAGUCGACAUUUGGACGCCGUAGAUGAUGACAGAGCCAUCAACAUUGUAGACUUUGGAACGAAUGACGGGAGAAAUAUUUUUCCAUUUUUGAAGAUAAUGAUCGAACAAAUUCGAUGCCGAUCAACGAAGCGCGACAUUAAUGUUGUCCUCAAUGACCUACCAACAAACGAUUUCAAUGAAUUGUCGAAGAAUGCAGAAGCUUUUCAGAAAGACAUGAACGACCAGUGUCUUUAUGUGAUGAUCAACCCUGGAAAUGCAUAUCGGCGCUGUCUACCCCGCUCAAGUAUUGAUUUGGGAACAUGUACCUUUAUAUUGCAAUGGGUUUCCAGGUCCGUGAAACUUAAAAAUCAGUUGCUCUAUUUUCCUGAUCAUAUGGUAAGCGACCUUGAAAAAAGUGAGAUAACGUGUUUAGCUGCAAACGAUUGGAAAAGCUUCAUACAGUCAAGAUCAUGGGAAAUGAAAAAAGGCGCUAUUAUCCACGUAGGCAUACCAACUGCUUGUAAAGAUUUUUUUCAAAUUUGUUCUUCUACAUUUUAUCAACUUUUUCAAAAAGGUGUGAUUUCAAAGGAAGAAUUGCAAAACACUACUAUCCCUAUGUACCAUUUUCGAUCAGAGACCGACAUAAAAGCGCCAUUUAAAGACAUCGACAAGGAAAUUGAUGUUAAGCUUCUGGAUUUGUCAACGAGAAAACUCAGACAUUAUGAGAAUAAGGACAUUGUGGACUGCGUUAGAUCAUGGAUGUAUCACAGUAUGAUGGAUGGACUCUGUCAAACAAGAAACAACGACGAAGCUAACGAUAUUUGUGAAUCGUUUUUUGAUGACUUGAAAGUUCAUCUAUCAGACCGGAAAUGGCUAGACUUUGAAAUGUUCGAUGUGAUUUUUCAAAAAUUAUAGUUGAUUGUUCAUAUCGUGUAGAUGUUCAUUUUACUUUAAUUUUGUGCUUUAAUACGUGUUCCUUUUUCAAAUUGAAAGACAACUCUUUUCAAAAAUAAUUUACGGCUUAUUGUUAUUAUCAUCAUUAUUUAUUAUUCAAGAUGUAUUAUUACCGUCCCAUUAUACGUUUCAUUUUUUAAUGGAGUAUUUCUAUUAUAUCAGCGUUUUCAACAUAACUUUGAUAGCUUUUUGGUGGGGUUGUUUCUUUACAUUAAAACUAGAUUAGCUAUAACACUAGAAUAAACAAAAAUUUAAAGCCCACCCAAUGAAUAUUAGAAGGUGCAAUUUUUAUCACCUGGUCCCUGAACAAAUAUUCUGAAGAAUGAGUUUAUUUUUCUGUUAAACUAUUUGCAAGUCCAGAAAAAAUGUGCAUAUUCCGUAGAAAUAUACUGUACUGGAAAAUAAAGAAAUUCAAAAAUAAUAGAGAAAAUGUUAAUAUUAUUUGAUGUGCCAAAAUAUGGUUUAAACAAGGUUCCAAUAUGAAUGUAUAAUGAUUUUUUUAGGAACUUUGCAAAAUAAAUUCAUUCAAGAGCGUUCAAGUGAUGCAAAUACAUGUAUCUCUUCAAGGGGACAGGUAUGGAAGAGCUUUAAACAUGAAUUUUUUUUUUUAAUUGAUUACUUACUUACUUUAUUUUUUUUUUUUAAAUCCAGUUUCGUUCAAAAGCUCGACUUUUAUCAGUAGAAACUGAGAUGUUUCAUUGAGUUCAACCAGAUGCAAAAUAUUCUGUACAUUUCAAAACUUCAUAUAUAUAGUUAAAUUGCUUAGUCUUACGAAUUUUAAUACUAGUAUAUAUAACUGAGUGUAAAGUUAUUGAUUGCAAAGAUCAAACGCACAUAAACUUUUAAAACUAAUGUCAACACAAUAAAAAGUUGGCGAAUAAAACUUUAUUUCUUUAGAAGAUUA